CCAGCCCACGGUCCCACAGUGGGACCCCCGCCCCCAGCACUGCCCUGCCCCCGGGGCAGAGGGGGGCUUUCCCAGCUAUUUAAGCAGAUUCCAACAGAUGGUCGAGGAACUUUCCUUCCAGCGGACCUCUUUACCACCUUUGUCUUCCCUUCGCUCCCCGGAACCUCUGCACCCACUCGUUUCUCUCAGAGGGACAAAGGGAAGAUUCUUCAGGCCUCAUCGUCGAACUUCUCUCCAGAGCAAGGAAGCUUCUCAGACCAGUAUCCAGGAUCGAGGCCACGGACCAAACAUGCCCUCGGAUUUCCUGACGCCUUUUCUGGAAGUGGAUGAGGAGUUCAGCAAGACUUUCCGUGGCCUGGAUGUCUCCGACGGGCUGCCGAUGGGCUCGCAGCAGCACAGAGUCCUGGGCUUCCGGCGGCGCCAUUCCCUCUGCCCCGUGACGCUGCCCAACUCCAAGUUCAACAGCGGCGGCUCCGAGGCCGCCGCCGCCGCCGCCGCCGGGGGCCUCCGGCCGUGGGGCCUCCGGCCGUGGAGCCGGGAGCUCCCCCGCUCCUCGCUCAGCCACAUCCCCUUCAGAGUGGACCGCUCCGUCAGCAUGAUCGAGGGCAACGUGUGCAGCCCGGACAGCACGGAAGGCUCCCCCGCCGUGCUGCUCCCUCCCCCCGGCCUCUGCAUCAGCAGCGCCUCCCUCUCCUCCCCCGCCGGGCCGGCGCCGUCCGCCCCUCACAUCUCCACACGGUACAAAACCGAGCUGUGCCGCACGUACGAGGAGAGCGGCGCCUGCAAGUACGGGGCCAAGUGCCAGUUCGCCCACGGCCUGGACGAGCUGAGGGGUCUGAGCAGGCACCCCAAGUACAAGACGGAGCCGUGCCGCACCUUCCACACCAUCGGCUUCUGUCCGUACGGGGCCCGGUGCCACUUCAUCCACAACGCGGAGGAGAUGCACGCGUGCGUCCGUGCUCAGAGGCCGAAGGCGCGUCCUCCUCUGCUGCGCCACAGCCUCAGCUUCGCCGGCUUCUCCUCCUCUCCGAGCUUCCAGCCGCUGGAGAAGCCUGGGGCCUCGUCGCUGCUGCUCAGCCGGGCCUCCUCCGUCUCCCCCCCGGCCUCCUCCAUGGGGAGCCCAGAGGUCCUGUCCCCCGGGUUCCCUGAGCCGGGGCCGCUCAAGCACUGCCUCUACCCUUUGGACCAUGUGGCUGACGCAGGCCUGCGCUUCUACGCUGCUUCUGACUGUGUCCCGGCCCAGCGACCCGGCUCCCACCUGCACUUCUCCCCGCAGCUGCCGGCGCCGGUGAGCAGCCUCUCCGGGCUCCAGCGCUGCUCCUCGGCCGACUCCUUGUCUGAGGAAGGCUACACCUCCUCCUGCUCUCUCAGCUCGUCCUCCAGCGGCACAGAGUCACCCAGCUUCGAGGCCAGACGGCUGCCCAUCUUUAGCCGCUUGUCUGUCACAGACGAGUAG